GAAGGCGGCUGCUUUUUGACACUCCAUGCGGGCAAGUUUGGAAAGGGACGGAGAGAGGGGAUGCAGCCGAGACCCGUCCUUGUGAGCGUGUCGCUGGGGGCUCAUCCCGCAGCAGCACGGACUGUUUUGGGGAGGAAUAACUGCAGAAGUGCCAUAAAUGGGUACCCCAAGUGGGUAAAACCAGGUGGCAAACGCCUAUUGCCUCGCCCGGAGCAGGCAGCGUUAGGCAAUAAGCAACACUGGCCAAAACGCCCUGCUGGGAGCUCACGGGGGAAGCUGGAAGGGGCUGUUUUCCCCACGGUCAGUGAUGGGAAGUGGGAAUUGCCUGGCUUUUUGAGGACACAAAGACACGGACACGGUGAGAAAGGCAGGGAGGGAUUGCCUGGCUGCUCCUGGUGCUUCCCGCACCGCAGCAUUUCCAUCCCCCAGCCCUCCCCAACCCCUCCCCAUCCCCGUGCAAGUAAAGAAACCCCCUUUUUAAUUUUUUUUUUCCCCACCCUACAUAUGCCCCAAAUGCUCGAGGCUGGAUGGUGCCGGCCCGGCCCUCUCACGGCUGGCAACGCCGGCCGAACCCCAACCCUCUCCUACCGCCGUGAGUCACGCCCAGGUGCCAUCUCGCCGCCGCAGCAGGUGACAGGCCAUCGCUCCUGCCUUGCCCUUGACAAUCAGUCAGGCUGGUGCUGAGUCAGCCGGGGAGCAGGAUACGCUCUCCUGGACUUCCUGAAGGAGCGCUCGGGGCUCGCUGCGAGACAAGCCUGACCUCCGCGGCAGCACAGCGGGGGCUUCGAGACCCCCACCCGUCCGAGGGGACAUCCCGGCAUGUCCCAGCCAAGGCAGAGCCGGGCUCUUGUCAUCGUCAACACCCAUUUCCACAGCAGCGACGGUGAUGUGGCGUUCGGGACCCGGAGAGGAGCCAAGAGGGAAGCGGAGAAGCUUUCCAAAAUACUCUCACGACUCAACUACAAGGUGAAGCUGAUGCAUAACAAGACAGCCAAGGAGAUAGAAGACCUCUACCAGCAAGAGCGUCGCUGUGAGCACGGGGAGUACUUUGUGAGCAUCAUCUCCAGCCACGGGAAGGAAGGGGUCUUAUUUGGUUGCGACUCAGAGCCAGUUAAGCUGAGCCGGAUUUUCCAGAUUUUAUCCUCAGAAAAGUGCCCGGUGCUCACCAAAAUACCCAAAAUCUUCUUUAUCCAGGCUUGCCGGGGGCAAGAACUCGACCAGGGGGUGGUUGUGGAGUGUGACAGCGGGGAGCCUGAGCCAGGGCGCGAGCCAGACUGCUUCUCCGACUACCUCUCCAUCCCUCCCCAAACCGUCGUGAUGUUCGCCUGCAGCCCAGGCUACGUGGCCUUCCUCAGCAUCUCCGGAUCCAUGUUCCUCCAGGCCCUGCUCAAGGUGCUGGAGGGAGAGGAACGUCACCUGGCCCUCAACCGCCUCAUGACCCGCAUUAACUGGGAGGUGGCGUUUUGCUGCCAGGCCAGGGGCACCUACGAGGGAUGCAAGGAGAUGCCCUGCUUCGUCACCAACCUGCUGCAGGAGGUCUUCCCCUUCUCAGCACCCAUCAUGGAGGAGGCAGACGGCGUCUGAGAGGUGCCAGCUCUGCAGAGGAGCCCGAGGGGCAAAGAGCAGCACCUCGGCUGCCAGAAGUCCCCUGUUGCGCACAGAGAAAAAAGGACAAGUUACAAGAAAACCAGCAGAAAACGCCUCUGAAAAGGUGACCAGCUCAACCUAGGAUGUGCCGGAGCUACCGGGGGGAGGUUUUAACAAGCCAAGGGCAGCUGGGGCAAAUCCUACCACGGGACCUUCCGCAGAGCAGAAACAGCUGAUCUAAGCACACCACAGUGCAGCAACACCCAAACGCCCUACGGCAGCAGCGCCGUGGCUACCCACAGCCCCGGAGCGGGGCGCGAACCUGCUCCUCGCCCUGGUUCCCUUACACAAAAGAGCUCCAACCUGGCAAAUGCACUCUCACCCAUUUUGUUUUUUCCUUUUAGUCUAAAUAAACCUUCACAGGCCAUGGA